GUCUUGGGACACCUGUCGAAAUGAAGCCAACGUUUGUUUGAGGUCUAUUCUGAUGGAAUAUCAGGAUCCGACGGAUGAACCCAAUCGUACAAGGCACUGCUUCAAUAGAUCGACUCUCACCCGGGUUACCGUCUCCGCUCUCAAAAGUAUGUAAGGACCAGACCGCAUGACCACAAUCGGACUCGGAAAUGCGAUCGUGUUACCCUCGACCAUCUACUACUUACUAUCAUGCACUUCAGGCUAUCUUCCCAGAAAAUUCGACAUCAUUAUGAUGAUGAUCCGGCCACUGUUCGUUCUGUCACUCACCAGCGCUUGAAGAGCAUCAGCGCUAGGCUUGCAUCGACCAUUGCUGCAAGGAACAUCAUCAAUACUAUACAGCGCCGCGAGGUUGUCUAUAGAUUGGAUAUCGGGAACAGUUCAAUGGGCGACGAGGGUUGCAUACAGCUUUUUAACUUUCUAGAAUCCACUGCUGGUCGAAAAUGCAAAAACAGCCUCACCGAACUGUACCUCACAAGGAACGGUAUAGGUGCAAAGGGUCUACUUGCUGUAUCAAAUUUCAUCAAGGACAAUCAUGUGCUAAGGGAACUAUGUUUGUCUGGUAACCCAUUAUCAACUGAUUCGGAUGUCAUCGCACAGUUCACCGCCGCACUGAACAGCUCAAGACUAUACACGCUCCAGCUAAUCCAUAACGGCACUCUCUCUGAUACCUUCAUUCGCGCAUUCCUUCCUAGCCUCAACACACGGUAUCUGCGUCAACUCGGCCUUUCUGCCACCAAUAUUACCCGCGCUGUGGUCCCUACCAUCAUUGAAUAUGUUACGUCGUCGCGUUGCAGACUGGAUCGAUUGCAGUGCAACGCGAACAGCUUGACACUGCCCGGUGCGCGCGAAAUCAUCAACGCUAUCGAGCGUGAGAACUACAGCCUUUUCAAGGUUAAUCUUGAUGACUUGCAUAUCGAUGAGUAUGAUGGCGACAGCGAGGAGCGUACUCUUGCAUCGCAAGAGAGUUGGCGCAUUUUAAACAAUGCAGCCCAGAGGAACUUAACGAAAAAAAUCAGGGUGAAAAAGCAAGCUGUCGCGCUACUGCUGUACAGCCGCGCAUUGUUCCUUCGGUCGGGCAUGCGGAACCCACACGACAGUGCUCCUCUUGACUUUACUUCUGUUUUCGCCCUCAAUCGACUUUCCGCGCCUUCGAUGUUCUUCCAACUGCCUGGAGAAAUACAGCAGGAAGUCAUCGCUUUACUAGCGCCGGAUUUAUCUCAUCAACAGCGAGUCCACGUUGUUGCAUUCGGUGCAGAUUUCCGCACGCUCCCGCAACUGGAUGAGCCACAUCUUGAACCAAUGAAUGCGUCACAUCUCCUGGCAUUCAUGCCAGCGGGUGUCAGCCGGCAGGCUAAUGCCACCGCCAAAGUACCACAUGAAGGUUCGUGGAAACCUCCGAUGUGGUGGGAGUGUGCGUGUCCUGACGGGAAGCGUGGAAAUUGCCGAACUCUGCACCGCUGGAGGAGAGAGAGGCGAGAUGUAUGGCUGACGCGUGUUGGAUGCGACGUUUGGGAACCUGAAUUUGCCAUGCGACACACAGAACUUUGAUCGCGACUGGUUCGGACUUAGGUACUCAUGGAUGCUCCUUGGACUCACUGUUAACAUCUCAACGAUCAUUCAAUCAAUGUCGUCAUAUCCGAAUCGUAAGUCAUCGAAUUACUGGGACGUUAGGCCCUUAAGUUAUUCUAUUAUUAAUGUCGGGCGACGUUCCUGCCAAACCUCGAGGAAUUCAGAGAGCACUCCUCAUUGCUG